AUGGAUCUGCCAACUCCCAGUCUGGGGGAUAAAUACCCACAGUGGAUGCUUACUCAAAACCAAGAGGGAGUUUUGGGUGAUAAAAAGAAGUCUGCUGCUCAGAGGAGUGUUCUGGAGGAUGGGCUGCCCUUCCUAGAGUUCUGUGGCUCCAUUGUUUACAGCUAUGAAGCCAGUGACUGUUCCCUUCUUUCAGAAGACAUCAGGCAGAGUUUAUCAGAGGGGGCUGCUGUUGGCUUUGAUAUUGAAUGGCCACCAUCCUAUACCAGAGGAAAAAUGGCAAAAAUAGCUGUGAUCCAAAUCUGUGUGGCUGAGGAGAAGUGUUAUUUGUUCCACAUCUCUUCCAUGUCAGGUUUUCCCAAGGGACUCAAAAGGCUGCUGGAAGAUGAAGCAAUUAAGAAGGUUGGCGUAGGAAUUGAGGGAGAUCAAUGGAAGCUGAUGAGUGACUUUGAAAUCAGACUGAAGAGCUUUGUGGAACUGGCUGACAUUGCUAAUGAGAAACUGAAAUGCAAGGAGACCUGGAGUCUAAAUGGCCUGGUGAAGCACCUUUUUGGCAAGCAGCUCUUGAAGGAUAAGUCCAUCCGCUGCAGUAACUGGGAAGAGUUUCCACUCAAUGAGAAGCAGAAGUUGUAUGCAGCCACAGAUGCCUAUGCUGGCUUCAUAAUUUACCAAAAACUGAAAAAUAUGAAUGACAGUGACCAGACACUCUUUUGUGUAAGAAGAGAUGACACGAGCUCAGAGGGUGUGAAGGAGCACUUGACUUCCCUGGCUGAAGACAUGAAGGACCUGGCUUCUCUCAUUCCUGACUCUUCUGGACAGCAUGAACAUUUGCAGAGGGCUGCAGAAAUACUGGCUGCAAUAUCAGAGAAUGUAAAGGCCUUAAAAAGGACACUGUUUGGUUCAGACUCUCCAUCUGCAGCAGAGAGGAGCUGUGGUGCCCCUCCAACAAAUCUGGAAGCAGAGUCAGCAAAUGCUGAAGCACAAAAAAUUGACAUUCCUGACUUUUCUAAAGAGCUUGAAGGUGACUUCAUCUGCUCUGAUGCUACACUAGCUGCCCUCUGGGAGGGAGGUAAUGAGGAGGCAGAGAGAGGUAACACUGUUGUGGGAGAUGGGGCUGUUGCAGCCAGCUCUGAGGACAAAGCAGGCAGAGAUGACUUCAUGUCACUGGAAAUAACAGAGCAAGAACUUCAGAUCUUGGAACAUCAGGCUGCAAAGGAGCUGGACAGUGAAGCUGCACCUGAGGAGGCCUGUUCCACAGAUGAUGGACAGAAUAUUUCCUCUGUCAUUGAAAGUGAUGAAGAACUGGAAAUGGAGAUGCUCAAAUCUUUAGCAGGUGUAGAUGAUUCCAAAGGAGUUUUAACUGAAAGUGAGUCCAAGGAAGCCAGGAAAACUCCUGACACAGAAUUGAACAUUAUACCAGAUGGUGAUGAAGAUGGUGUUGAGGAAGAGGAGGAGGAAUGUUUGGAUCCAUCAUUGCCAGUACCAACUGAAAGCCACAUCAGGUGUCUGAAGACAUAUUUUGGGCAUUCUUCUUUUAAACUGGUCCAGUGGAAAGUGAUCAAUUCUGUUUUAGAAGACAGAAGAGAUAAUCUCGUUGUCAUGGCAACUGGCUAUGGGAAGAGCUUGUGCUACCAGUUUCCUCCCGUGUACACUGGAUGUACAGGAGUUGUUAUCUGCCCUCUGAUCUCCUUGAUGGAGGACCAGGUGCUCCAGCUGACCAUGUCAGGGGUCCCUGCCUGCUUGCUCGGUUCAGCUCAGUCGAGAAACAUCAGAGACUGCAUCAAAGAGGGUCAGUACAGAGUCAUAUACAUGACCCCAGAAUUUUGUUCAGCCAACUUGGAGCUACUUCAGGAUCUUCACCAAACUCUUGGUAUCACCCUCCUAGCUGUUGAUGAAGCUCAUUGCAUUUCUGAGUGGGGCCACGACUUCAGACACUCCUUUAGAAGUUUAGGCUCCUUGAAGAAGGCUCUCCCAUCGGUUCCCAUUGUUGCUUUAACUGCAACUGCAAGUCCAUCCAUCAGAAGAGACAUCCUGAGCUGCCUGAACCUGGAGAAUCCUCAGGUCACAUGCACCAGUUUUGACAGACCCAACCUGUUCCUAGAAGUGGGACGACAAAGUGGAGAUCUCCUUAGGGAUUUGAAGCAGUUCCUGGCCAGGAAAGGAAGCACUUCUGUGUAUGAGUUUGAAGGCCCCACAAUCAUCUACUGCCCUUCAAGAAAGGCCACAGAACAGAUUGUGGCUGCCUUGCUGCAACUGGGUGUGGCCUGUGGUGCAUACCAUGCUGGUAUGGGAAUCAAGCAAAGGAGAGACACUCACCACCAGUUCAUGAGGGAUGAAAUUCAGUGUGUGGUGGCUACAGUGGCCUUUGGAAUGGGCAUCAACAAAGCAGAUAUCCGGCUGGUGAUUCACUACGGCGCCCCCAAGGAGAUGGAGUCCUAUUACCAGGAAAUUGGGAGAGCUGGUCGUGAUGGGCUUCCUGCCUCCUGCCACGUCCUGUGGACUAAGACAGACCUGUCCUUUAACAGACACCUUCUGUGUGAGAUACGCAAUGAAAACUUCCGGCUGUACAAACUGAAGAUGUUGGCAAAAAUAGAGGAGUACCUAGUGUCCAAUGCCUGCAGGAGGAGAAUCAUCCUGUCUCAUUUUGAAGACAAACAGCUCCGAAAGGUUUCCUCUGGCAUCAUGGGCACAGAAGAAUGCUGUGAUAAUUGCAGGGCCAGAGCCUCUUGUGCUGUCCCCAGUGUCUCAGAGAGAGGUCUCCAGGACUUUGGGAAGCAAGCCUAUCAGCUGCUCUCUGCAGUCACUGCCCUGGAUGAGAAGUUUGGAAUUAAAAUUCCCAUUCUGUUUCUCCGAGGGUCUGUUUCUCAGCGUUUGCCAGACAGAUACAGGAGACACCCCCUCUUUGGUAGUGGGAGAGAGUGGCCAGAGAACUGGUGGAAAUCCCUCUGCCAGCAGCUGGUAAUGGAAGGGUACCUCAAAGAAGUCCCUGGGCAUAACAAGUUUGUCACCCUAUGUGUGCUUAACCAGAAGGGUAGAAACUGGCUGCAGAAAGCUGGAUCUGCUUCCACUGCAAGUCUUCUGCUCCAGUCCAAUGAAGACCUUACCCUGCACAGACCUGCUAGAAGCAGCAAACCUGCAGCUGUCAUCUCAACACAGAGUUCCCCAGGCACCAAAGGGAAACCACAGUCCCCAGUCAAGCAGAUGUCUCUGUAUGAAAUGUUUUCAUAUGAGAGAAAACCUAAAACUUCUCCAAGAAGCAGUAACAGUGCUGCAGAGUCCUCACCAGUGAAAUCUCCUUUGAAGCCCCCAGGAUCUGUUGUUUCAUCCCAAGAAAAAGAACUAGAGACUGCUCUGUAUGGCAACUUGCUGACUGCUAGACAGAAGGUAGCUAAUGAGAAGGCAGUUCCACCAGCUGUCUUGGCAACCAACAAGAUCCUGGUGGAGAUGGCCCAGAAAAGGCCCACAACUGUUGAGAAUCUCAAGAGAAUUGAUGGUGUAUCCGAAGCAAAAUCCACCCUGUUGGUCCCUCUCCUGGCUGAAAUCAAGGACUUCUGCCAAGUGAAUGGUUUGCAGAUGGACACAUUUCCCUCAUCUGGACCUGAAGAUCAGAAAGGAACAUCUCCCUGGCAGCAAACUGGAGCCCUCACUCCCUCAGAGCAUGUCACCUAUGUCCUAUUCCAAGAGAAAAAUCUCUCUGUGAGGACUAUAAGUGAAAGCAGAUCUCUGCCCAUUUCUGAGGUGGGCACUCACCUGCUCCAGGCCAUGAGAGCUGGCUACCCUGUGCACCUGGAGCGAGCAGGUUUGACUCCUGAAGUUCACCAAAUCAUUUCCAAGGUGAUCUGCAAUCCUCCCAUUGCCUCAGACACCACCCAAAUCCAAGCCAUUAGAAAACUUGUUCCUGCAAAUAUUGAACUGUACCUCAUCAAAAUGGCUAUUGCAUUGUUGGAGAAAGAGGAGAGAAAGAAGUCUGGGGGUGGCUCAGGUGUCAGAAGGACAUUGGUGUGGCCAGAAGGGCAGCAGGAGAAACCAGGAGCAGGUGAAGCAAGCAGGGAAGAGGCCUUGUGGAGUAAAACCAAGGGUGGUUUGACUGACCCAGCAUUGAAGGAAGGAGCAGAGAAACCCCAGCUGCAAGAGGUGCCUCCAGCUUUGGCUGUGCAGGGUGGGGGUGACAGCCAGCCAGGUGGCCACGGGGCAGGGGGCUGCCCCAGGCCCAUCACCCUGGCCUCCUGGAACCAGCCUGCCCUCAGCCCUGAAGAGGAGGAGCUGUUUGCUGAUUCUCAGCUAAAGGAGCCGCGUCCCCCUUCCAAGAGGAAAGUGCCCGCGUGGUUCGGAACCCCCGGGCUCCCCCCCCUGCCCGCGGCCCAGCCCAAGAAAUCCAAGCCGGACACCAGGAAAGGCAUUUUUAGUUGA